AGUCUACCAGACAAUCUCGUUGGUAGUUGAUGGUGCGUGAUAGUGUUGUUGGCCUCUUCUAGCUAGUGCCAAGUUAAAUAAAAUAGAGUUUGGAGCAGCAGUUUUUCAAGGCAGUAAUCUAUAAAAAAAACAUCUCCCUUGUGAAUCAUGGAUCGGAGUUCGAAGUUACUGUUAGUAAAAAUUAUCAUCGAUUUCACUUGCGUGGCAAUAGUUGGGUUUACGGUACUGGGAUUGUAUUUGUUUGGCCAACCCUACCAACGAGGAUUUUUUUGCAAUGAUGAAUCACUGAUGCAUCCUUACCGCGAGUCAACGGUUACCAAUACCAUGCUCUAUAUCAUUGGAAUCCUCUUGCCUUUAUGUGUGAUGCUUUGUGGCGAAUAUCUACACGCUAAAAAUACCAGCGGACAGUCGUCGAUGGUAUUAUUUGGUCGUGUAAUACCACGCUGGGUGGUACUGGCCUAUCACAAGAUCGGAUCAUUUGCGUUCGGUGCUGCGGCAACGGUAUUGACCACUGACGUGGCCAAAUAUGCGAUUGGUAGGCUACGCCCACACUUUAUAGAACUCUGUAAGCCAAGUAUCAAUUGCAGCUUGCCGAUAAAUCAUCAUAAAUUCAUAGAACACGAUCAAUUUACAUGCACUGCGUCUAAUGUCACUAAGAGACUGUUGAAAGAAGUCAGAUUGUCGUUUCCGUCAGGUCACUCAUCAUUCUCCACCUACGUCAUGAUUUAUCUAGUUUUAUAUUUACAAUUGAGAAUAACAUGGAAAGGUAGCGCGAUAUUCAAACACUUUCUUCAGCUUGUUCUUAUCUUGUUGGCAUGGGCAACGGCAAUGUCAAGGGUUUCCAACUACAAGCAUCACUGGAGUGACGUUCUCGUGGGAAUGCUUAUCGGUGUAAUCGUUUCCUUGAUUAUUGUAUUUGGGGUAGCGGAUUUAUUCAAAGAAAGACGAGAAUCUGGAAUAGCAAAUGCUGGUCACGGUGAUAAAUCGCGUGCAAUGGAGUAUGAUGCUGAAACAGCGAUGCAGGAUGAAUCAAGUCCACUGAAAAACAUUGAAACUUCAUAUGGUGGAACACAAAUCACUGAUCAACCCAAACAAUAGUCAAUUAUUAUUUAUUAAUUAAUCAAUUUAUUUAUUAAUUAUUAGUUCUUUUAUACAAAGUAUUUUAAAAGCUUAUUA